UUUCUUUUAUUAAUUAACUAUAGAUCUACCCAAAUUAAAGGCUAUGUGUUGAUCUGCAUGCAGCAAAAAAUAGUAAUAGAGGUCACAAUGGAGAAUGACAAAUGGAGAAGUAAGGCUCUGAAAACUGCUUCAGAGGAAAAAGGCGUGACUUCGGUAUCAGUGAAUGGUGAUAACAAAUUGGAAGUGAUUGGUGACAACGUGAACACGGUUUGCCUUGCUAAGCAGCUCAGCAAGAAGUUUUGCUCAGUCAAAAUCCUCUCUGUGGAAGUACUGAAACCUCCCAAAGAAGAAGAAGAAGAAGAAGAAGAAGAAGAAGAAGUAGAAGAAGCAGAAAACCCUUCUCGUGGUGAUGAUGACGGUUGUGGUUGCGGCGGUGGUGACGGCAACAUCCCUUUCAUACCGGGACGGUAUUAUCCACCGUGUGAUCGGGUGGUGGUUGUCGUCUGUGAUUCAUACAAUGACUGUUAUGAACCUGGUUGCACUAUCUUCUGAUGAUGGAUGGAUAUUCACCACCACGCCAAUAAUAUACUGCAGGGCUACUGCAUCUAUAUAUAUAUAUAUAUAUAUGGUUUAAUAAAAAUUAGACAAGUGAUUAUUCGAAAACUCAUCAAGUUUUUGCUAAACUAUAGACAUAAUGCAAGAAUCUUAAUCAUCCAUCUUGUAUGGUUUCACGUACAAUACUAGAUAAAUGAUUAUUAAAAUCUUGGUUCCUGUCUAUAUUUAACACAAAGACAUGAGUUUAUGAAUCUGUCUUUGUUAAUAUUCCAAUACUAUAAUUCCUCGAACAAGCAUGCACGUACACUUGAAUAAUUAGGGUUGAUUUAGUUGAA